UUUAAAAAUGGCAGCCAACAUAGAGCAAAUUUUCCAGGAUUUUAUUUUGAAUAAGAUCAGAGAAAUUGAAGACCAGAAUGUCAUCAAAACUGCUACUCAGGGUGUGGCUGCAUGCAGUGAAAUGAUUUCAGAGGAUAAUAAAGACAAAAAGAGUGAUGACAGGAGUUCACAGAAGAAACAUAAAAAACACAAAAAACAUAAAAGUAAGAAGAAGAAGAAGCGGAACCGAGAGAAGGAGGGAAAAGAAAGCUGUUCCGAAUGCGGGGAAGAAUUGGAUGCUCCCUCCAGAAAAGGAGCCUCAACAGAGAAUGAAGAGCAGUAUGAUCAUACGUGCAGCUCCAGAAGUCACAAGCACAAAACAGGAAAGAGGAAGCGUAAGAAGAGGCACAAAGACGAGAGACGAGGAAACUCAUCUGAUUCUGACUCAAAGCAAAGGAAGAGUAAAUGUGCUCAAAGCUUGUUGCCAAGGCAAUGUGAGGAGUUACCUGAUAUCAUCCCAAAGCAGGACAGCUCCAGUGGCGCAAAAGCAGAUGAGGGAAGAACGGGGCACUUCCGUUCACAUUCCAACUGUUCACAUUCCAGCUCAGAGAGGUGGAGUUCUCGACCUGGCAAGCGGAAAUCCAGAUCUCGCUCACCGUCCAGUUCACAGGAUCACUGCAACUCAUCCAGGUCUUUAGACGACAGGGAUGUUUUGGACCCACCCACAGUCCCCAAACAAGAUGUUGCGAAAUGCAUCCAACUGCUGUCUCCAAGUCCUAAAAGAAGAGAGAGAACAGAUCUGCAGAGGCUGGAUCACAAUCACAAGCCAGCAGAGGCCACAACGGAAACCACCAGAGACGAUUCAGAUGCAGAUUGUGUUGCAUCUUCAUCAGUGCCAAAUCAAUCUAGUCAGUCUCAUCAGACUAGUGAGCCCGUUGUCCCACAGCUGAAGGCAUCAGAACACACCUCGGCCAGUGUGAGGAAAUCGCCUGCAAAAAAGAGGCAUAAGCCCCCACCAAGGAGCAAAGAAGAGAAAACAGCAAAGAGGCAGAAGAGAUCCCGGUCACCUUGUAGGACCCACAGAACAAGGUCCAGAUCCCAUAGCUCUUCAAGGAGGAAACAAUCCCGAUCGAGGUCCAGGAGCCGAAAGUCACGAAGGUCACGCUCUGUGUCGCGGGAUAGGGGGCGGCGAACAACUUACAGCCAGAGGGAUCGUUGGAAACGAGAGCCAAGCCGCUCGCCUGUGCUCGUACUGCGCAAAAAACGAUCCCCUACAUGGAAACAUGGCAAUCACCCUGACAGUCCUCACCGAAUCAGUGAAUUAGGCAAGGAGCAGCUGUUGGAAAUUGCCAAGGCCAAUGCAGCUGCUAUGUGUGCCAAAGUGGGUAUGACUAUCCCCGCAAGCCUGAGAAGCUCAAUGCUGCCGUUGACGUUGCCAGGCAUGGCCAUGAAUGCUGCUAUGACGGCAGCCACCAUGACCGCUGCUUUGUCCAACAUCAACACCUUGUCUUCGCUGCUCCCGCUGCCCACCAUAACGAACAAACCUCCUGGUGCAAACCUCACCCACCCCAUAAAUGCUGCACUGGAGGAAGUGAAAAAGAAAGUAGCAAAGCAGGCUAACAGCAUCAGUAUUAAGGAGUUCACAGAUAAGUGCAAGAUGAUUGUGGAAAGCAAAGGUGAGCUGCCGGUGGCGGUGCCUCAUGUGUCGGUCGAAGAGGACGAUGGGAAACCGUUUGGGGGAUUGAUUCUGCGUGAACACAAGGCCAUCAGCUUUAACAUCAGUAACACUAUUGUGCGACCAACAGCCCGAAGUGAUGCAGGCAUGGCAAAAGAGUUCCCAGUGUCUUCGGGAUCUCAACACCGUAAAAAGGAGAGUAAGACAUUGGACGCCUAUGGAGAUUGGGUUCCAGUGGACAAAACGCCAGAGGAGCCAAAGACCACCGUUUCCACGGCAGUAGCCAGCUCAUCUUCAGGUAUCAGUGAGACUUCCAAAGCAGAGUUGCCGGCGACGGCUGAGGAAUCAGUGGCAGAUGACGACAGCGUGUUUCCUGGUCCGCCGCCACAGCCUGUUGACAUCUCUCAGGCUGUGAGCGAGAGGAUCAAAGCUCAGAAGCGAUUGGCCGAGAACCCCUAUGACGUCAGCGCCAUUUGCAUGCUUAGCCGGGCCCAAGAGCAGGUGGAUGCGUGGGCCCAGUCCAAUACUGUUCCUGGUCUAUUCACGGGCUCCACAGGAGCCCAAGUUCUCUCCUCAGAGGAGCUGUCCAACAGCGGCCCACAAGCAUGGCUGAAGAAGGACCAGUUCCUCAGGGCAGCGCCAGUAUCGGGCGGUGUUGGAGAAUUUUUGAUGAGAAAGAUGGGCUGGAGGACAGGAGAGGGCCUCGGGAGGAACCGUGAAGGCACUGUGGAGCCGAUCAUCAUUGACUUCAAAGUGGACCGCAAAGGACUUGUUGCUGAAGGGGAAAAGCCACAGAAACCAACUGGAGGACUAGUGGUAACCAAGGACCUCAUGGGUAAGCACCCGGUAUCAGCUCUUAUCGAAUUGUGCACGAAGAAACGGAUGACGCAGCCUGACUUCAUCAUGGUUCACCACAGCGGCCCAGACCACCGCAAGAAUUUCCUUUUCAAGGUCACAGUGAAUGGUGCGGACUAUCAGCCCCAAACAGCCAGUCCGAACAAGAAACAUGCCAAGGCCAUGGCGGCAACAGUGGCACUGCAGGCUCUUGGAGAGGUAAUAGUUCCCGUUGACGGACCUGGACUCUAUACUGGUCCUGUCUUCACAGCCGCUUCCACCGGCCCUCUGUUCUCCACCUAGACGUCCAACCGUCGACUGGUUAUGUGACCAUUGUUCACGUCUCCUCAUUUUCAGUCUGUUUCUAUAGUCAAGGGUGCAUAUAAGUGGUGCGCAGGUGCCCAUAAGCACUGAAAAUAUUAAAAGCGCACCCGAUUGAAGUGUAUCAGUGCGCUUUUGCGCACCAAGCAUUUUAGUCUUUUUUUUUU